UUUUAUUCUCCUUAGCCCCCCCUCUCACUUUCACCAUCAUCCGUUUCUCUGUAUAGAUCUCUUUUUCAUAGUUUCCCCCUUUUCCGUUAUCUUGUUUGCCAUUGUAGAAGUAAUACUUUAAAACUUUCCUUCGUGGAGAUGGAGCGAAAUUUAGCUGGUGCCCCUUUUUCUAAGGGCAGCACAUCUUAUCAUACGUCGCCGACACCCUCGUUUACCUUUCCGGACUCGGAACAAACAACAAUACAGUACCCCUUAGAUGAGAAGAGACCAGAUGCAUACGAUGACGAGCGUCCCGGCACGCAACUCAGUUCGUCUGCAAACUCGAUUAUCGCCAUGAAGGAGGGCAGGGGGAAGGACGUGGAGCACGGCAACCACGAGCAUGGACAAGACCAUAUCGACGUUAACGACCCGAACCGACCGAAACUUGGACUCCGCCAAAGGAUGCACCACUUCACGUGGGCCUGGUUUACGUUACCUAUGAGCACCGGCGGUUUAUCACUUUUGAUAUUUGCUCAACCUCAUCAGUUUCCAGGGCUUCGACAAAUCGGUUUAUUCGUUUAUAUCGUCAACAUUAUUAUCUUCACCAUUUUAGUACUUGCUAUGCUUACACGGUUCUUCCUUCACCAAGGCGACUUUUGUAAAUCCCUGACACAUCCUCGAGAAGGCUUCUUCUUCCCGACCUUCUUCUUGUCCAUCGCUACCCUGAUAACUAGCACCCAAAGAUACGCCAUACCCGAAGACGACGUAGCGUUAAAAUGGGCUAUCCAGGCUGUCUUCUGGGGCUAUGUUGUUAUCACUCUUCUUCUAGCGAUCGGACAAUACAGCUACGUUUUUGCGGCACAUAACUUCGGGUUACAGACGAUGAUGCCAACUUGGAUUCUACCGAUCUUCCCUAUUAUGCUUUCGGGAACCAUCGCUUCAGUCAUCGCCGAUACGCAACCGGAUAUCACAGCCGUACCGAUAGUGAUUGCUGGUAUGACCUGCCAAGGUCUCGGAUUGUCUGUCGCUGUUAUGAUGUAUGCUCAUAUGGUUGGACGUCUAAUGUCAGCCGGUCUUCCCAAUCGCGAACACCGACCAGGGCUAUUCAUGAACGUGGGCCCGCCAGCUUUCACGGCGCUUGCUUUCAUCGGAAUGGCAAAUGGAAUGCCCGACAAUUUCGAUCGGGAGAUGGAUGGGUUCAUCGACGUCUUCAUGAUCAGGACUUUCGCAAUUAUCGGUGCCGUCUUCCUGUGGGCACUAUCUCUUUGGUGGUUCGGCAUUGCUUUAGUCGCAACGAUCAGCUCGCCCCCUAAGUACUUCCACCUGGGCUGGUGGGCGAUGGUCUUCCCUAACACCGGUUUCAUCCUCGCAACAAUAUCGAUCAGCAAGGAGUUCGGAAGCCCAGCGGUCCAAUGGGUCGCGACAGGAAUGUCCAUCUGCUUAUUUCUGACGUACUGUUUCGUCUUCUUCAACCACAUGAAAGCCGUCAUAACACAGGAUAUUAUGUAUCCUGGGCGAGACGAAGACGUCGAAGAUCAUUAAAACAAAAGUGUUUCAAUCUCCACCUCCUACAUACUUCUUUUUACCGCAGGGUAACGCG